CCCUGGAGCCAGCCCUGCUCCCAGUGUGUUAUUGUCACAAACCGGUGCUGGUGGGGUCUGUGUGUCCUGAGUGUUGGGGGCUGCCCAGUGCCCCGGUCUGAUUUCCGGGCAGGAUUCAGAUCUCAGUCAGACCGGAGUCACUACUGGCUCUGGCAGGCAGGGAGUGUGGAUGUGCCAAUGGGAUCAGCCUCUGCCUGCCUGUCCCUAGGGCUGCCGGGGGAGUCCAGGGCAGCUCAUUCUUCAGCUCCAGAGGGCUCCGGCUGUGCUAAGGGAGAGGGGUUUACACUGCAAUGGGGGACAAUCCCCCCAAAUUGGCCCCUUUGAUUCUGCUCUUUUUCUAGUGUUUGGUUCAAUUUGCUGUUACUGGGAGGGACUGAAGAGCCUGGGGGGGAAUCGGAGUGUGACAUGGACUGAAGCCCCUUCUGUAACCUCCCCCAUCGCCCCUCUCGCCCUGACAGGCUGAGGAAUCGCGUCCACAUUUCGCUCCAGAUAGGCCCAAAAUGGCUGUGAUGGAGCCAGCUCAGAUGCCAGUGACCUUUGAGGAGGUGGCUGUGUAUUUCACCCAGGGGCAGGGGGCAUUGCUGGACCCCGCUCAGAGAGCCCUCUACAGGGACGUCAUGCAGGAGAACUACGAGAUGGUGACCUCGCUGGGAUUUCCCAUUCCCAAACCUAAGCUGAUCGCCCGGCUGGAACGAGGGGAAGAGCCGUGGGUGCCGGAUCUCCAGGCCUGCGACGAAAGAAGGCUUCUGAGAUGCAACCACACAGAGCUUGGCUAUGGUCAGCAGAUAUCGCUCACGCCAUUCCACCCAUACUGUUAGCUGCAGGAGUUUCCUUCCCU